GAUCGACGCGAGCGUACGCGUUUAUUAUUUCGUACGCACCGGUUGAUCCGACACGACUGUACGCGCUUCGUAAAAUAAUAUUACAGAAUUUUUGGACCCUGACUUUUGAUAAACAAGAAAGAAUUUAGGCGAUGGUCAUCGUUAAUUUUAAUCUGCGUAUGCCUUUGUUGUCUGACGCUGCUAAUCCCUUAACGUGAAAGGAACGAGAGCGCGUUGUGCAUCCUAAGUCACGGGGUCUGACAAUAUUAAUAGUGAGUUUCGACAACAGAGAUAUGGAUUCUGAUGACAUUGAUGCUUUUGAAUUUUUGCGAUACUUUUAACCACGCAGUGUCAUUUGGUUUGAUGUUUCGUACGCGUGCUUUAAUUUUGCCGCGAAAGUGACUAGGCGGGAUUUCUCCAGAAGAAAAAACAUAACCUCUUCCAGCUUUGGACGGAGCUGCUGAAUAUCAGGACUAAAGUGAUCGGUGGGAGUCCUGCCAUCAGGCUUCUGCCAGGCCUGGCAAUUGGUUGACGGUGGGCAAGGAAGGCAGAGGAACCGGUAUACGAGGAGCGUGAUGGCUGGUGAGCCUUACGUUUUGGAAAGAUCAAAGUGGCGCGUCGGAGCAGCAAAGUGACAGACUGACAGGGAGGUGAGGGAGUGGGGUAGUGUGACAGUGUGACAGCGAGUGACAGAGUGGCCGUGUGACAAAGUGACAACGCGACACCGAGUGAUAAAGUGACGAGGUGUUUGGCCAGGUAGAAGGGAAGGCGAAAUCGAGAAAGUGCGGUGAGGUGCAGCCAUCGCGCAAGGACUGGAAAGAUGAGGUGUCAUUCGACGUCGACGUUCCCGACACAUCCGUUUCUCGUCGUCCUGAUCGUCAUCGUCGCCCACCUUGGCAUCGUCCACGCGCAAGGGGGCUCGCGAACAUUUUCGACUAGGCCUUUACGAGGAGUGUUUCGUGUUGCAGGACCACCGCAGCCGGCACUCGCAGUGCUUCAGGGAAAUGCAGUGCUUCCUUGUGACAUACGGCCACCAGGUCCAAACGACUCCGCCAUAUUGGUCAUCUGGUACAAGAACGACGUUACGCCAAUUUAUAGUUACGACAUGAGAGGAAAACACUCCGAGCAGUCUUCUCACUGGAAGGACAAGGAGUACCUGAACGAGCGAGCGUACUUCAGCACGGUCACGGAGCCGGCCGCCCUGAACAUCGACCACGUCGAGGAGCGGGACGAGGGCGAGUACCGGUGCCGGGUCGAUUUCACCAAGAGCCCCACCCGCAAUUCCAGGAUUCACCUGACCGUCGUCGUUCCUCCGCACAAACCCAACAUCAUCGACGAGCGGGGUAAAACCGUGCCGACAGUCGCGGGACCUUACGAGGAGGAUGGUGACAUGCGACUCACGUGUCUCGUAUCCGGAGGUCGACCCGAACCUACGGUCCUGUGGUGGCGAGGGGAGACCCUCCUGGAGUCCAAGGACGGUCCUGGUGAAUUUCCAGCGUUACGAAGGAACAUAUUGGUGGUCUCGAAAUUGUCGAGGUCCGAUCUUCACGCAGUCUUCACCUGUCAGGCUACCAACAACAACAUCAGUCAGCCAUUGUCCGCUUCCGUUGCCAUCGAGAUGCACCUGCGACCUCUGACCGUCUCCAUACUGAGCAGCGAACACGCACCCCUGAGUGCAGACCGGAAGUACGAGAUUGCCUGCAUGACAGCGGGCUCAAGACCCCCAGCCAAACUCUUUUGGUACUUGGAUGGGAAGAGGUUGGACAAUUUUACGGUGGAGGUAUCGCAAGAUGGCAACACGACGACGUCCACCUUGACGCUUAAGCCGACGCUGCUGGAUCACGAUAAGGUGCUGACGUGUCGCGCCGAGAACAGCCGCGUGCGCGACGGCGUCGAGGAAGACACUUGGAAGCUUAACGUCUGGUUCGUUCCUAUACUGCAUCUCGAGCUGGGCUCUAAUAUGAAUCCUGACGACAUAGAAGAAGGCGAUGACGUUUACUUCGAGUGCAAAGUUCUUGCGAACCCGUGGCCGUAUAAAGUCGUCUGGAGACACAACGGUAAUGUGAUACAGAACAAAGCGAAGGACGGGGUCAUAGUGCAACAAUACGACCUAGCCUUAAGGAACGUGAGCAGAUCCCAGGCUGGGAAUUACACCUGCAUUGCCAGUAACACAGAAGGGGAUGGCUACAGCAAUAGCGUCGAGCUCAAGAUCAUGUACAAACCGAUCUGCGUGUCCGAUCAGAAGAGGAUCUACGGUGUAGCUAGACACGAAGAUGCCAGGAUCAUUUGCCAGGUCGAAGCGUAUCCACCGCCGGACAGCUUCCGCUGGGCGUUUAACAACACCGAGGAAAUGGUCGAUGUACCGCAGGCGCGGUACAAGAGUUCGACCCGUCACACCCAGAGCGUCCUUACCUACAGACCCGUCACGGAAAUGGACUACGGCACCGUACUCUGCUGGGCCAGCAAUACAGCUGGACAGCAGAAGAAUGCUUGCGUAUUUCAUAUCAUACCAGCCGGAAAACCUGAAUCUCCCUAUAAUUGCACUCUGACUAAUCAGACCACUGACUCCCUGUCGGUGGCUUGUACGGCUGGAUUCGACGGAGGUCAACCUCAGCACUUCCUUCUUGAGGUCUUCGAUCAGCACACUGGUCUACUGCAGGCUAAUGUGACCUCAAGGGAAAAUGCUGCUGCUUCCUUCACUGUUCGAGGUCUUGAACCUGGCAAGGUUCUUAAUAUGGUGCUAUAUGCGGUGAAUGCCAAAGGUAGGAGCGAUCCUACGCUUCUUGAAGGUUUCACUCUGAAGAUUGCUGAGAAGCAGACGGGGAGUCCUGUGCCCUUUGAGAUAACUCCAUUGCUGGGGGUGCUGAUAGGCGUCGUGACGGCGCUCUUGCUCGUGACAACAACCAUCCUGGGAGCUCUUAAGAUGAGGAGCGAUCGGAAGGCGGGAAGACCGGAUGAUCUACCUCUGAAGAAGGUCAGUGCACCUACCGCCGAGGACCUGUACGAUGCCGACGAUAGGAACCCCGACGUCGUUCCCACUAACAAAGAUUCAGAUUACCAGCUGACGGGGUCGACGGCGGGGACGCCGCUCGCUGGACAAAGCACUCCUGACGCCCUUUCAACGGCUCUCGGAACAUCCCUAUCACUUCAUCAACCCAAUCAUCAUCAUCGUCACCAUCAACAUCAUCAUCAAGGACUACCGGCCUAUCCACAUGCCGACUAUACUAACUAUCCUACCUUGCCGCUGUCAAGUGGUGAAGUGACCUACGCGGAACUGUGUCUGGCCCGGCCGACAACCCUUUCCACGGGAGCGGAUCCCAAGGUGGGUGGCUUAGCCGCACUCUCGGGCCACGGUGGCGGUCUGGGUGUGAUAAUAGGCGGAGGGAGUAUCAGCGGAACCGGAAAUUGCGGAAGCAUAUCCAGCGGAAGACUCUUCCAGAAGGAAGCAACUGUCUACGCGUGCAUAGACCACAACGCGAAAGCAGCUUUGAGCGACGCCAGCGUCGUGCCGUCGGUGACGUCGCCCACCACUGCAACGACCGUAACGAGCGGAUCCAUCCUCUCCGAGGCGUACUCCCAGGACUCAAAUAUAUCCGGAGGCUCCCUCGGCAAGCAACAGCUUCACCAUCCACGGGAAGUCGUCACUGUUCGCACACCCCUCAUCUCAACGCAAGAGAGUUGCGUAUAGGGGAGGGAAUCCGACGCGCUCAAAGUCAACGAGUACUACGUCUGAUUGUCGCGUCGAACAGACCUCUUCGCCCCCUUUCUAACCCCUCUAUGCUCUGCACACCCUUCUCUGUACCCUGCGCCUUCUUUACACCUCAUAAUCCCUAUCAACCCUUCCUUAGUUCUCGCUCGUUAAGUUACAGGUAUAUAUAUACACGGGCCGUCUCGCCCAAGGGCUUUCUUGAAAACUUCCUUUCCAUUUGACUCCCAUUCAUCUCUACUUUCGUCCCUACCUUCAUCCCUUAUCCACUUUCCUCCUUUACCCUUCCACCUUAUCACUUCCUCACUGUAUACUUGCUGCCACCCAUUCAACCUCAGCAUGUUUUGCGCCGGUGCCGUGGUCUCCUAAUAUCAAUAAUUUUAAAUUGAUUAGGGGACGUGAUCGAAGGGACGAUUGAAGGAACAAUCUGAAGUAAAUACAACGAGGGAGGGGAUGAAUAGAUCACGGAUUUUUGUGUCCUUCGAUACACUGCUUCCUUCGAUCUCGUUACUACUUUAACGAAAUAUUGUAUAUAUUGAUAAAUGAUUUAUUCGAAUGGAGUCAAAUAUGAAUAUACGCGAAGUCUCUACGUGGAUGAAUUAAAAUGAUAAAUUGUGCCACGGCUGGAGAUAAAUGAUAUUAGAAUUGUGACUGAAAUUGUCGGUCCCAGGCGGUAAGCCAAAAAAAUAAAUAUAUAUAUAUAUAUAUAUACAUAGAUAAUUCAUUGUGAAUAAGAGUUAGCGACGCAAAGGGGAUCUGAUCAGUCAUCGAACUUGUAAAUUUUGUAAAUACCUCGAGAAAUUCUAUUAUACUGAACGGUCGAUGGACUUUUCCACCAUUUGCGAAAAACGUUCCGAUAAUCAUCGUACGGAUGCUUUGAGCAACUCUACGCUGCUUCCAGGAAUAUCUACUCUCUGUCUGAUUUACGUUCAGAUGCUCCAAUUAAUUCAAAGCUGGAUAUUCCCAGGAUGUCCAAAGCGUGCCCCAAAAGGAAACGUGAUUUAUCCACCCUUCCUCCCCAGUCCCUCCCCCGAAAAAAAAUAAAAUACUCAUCCAUGUAACAUAUACCGAUGUACAGCUGCGAUAUUUUUUCAAAGUACACUCUUGCAUAAGGUGAAUUGAACUCUCGUGAUUAGAUAAAGAAAAAUUAAUAUAUAAAUAUACAAGAAGAUAUAUAUCUAUAUGUAUAUACAUAUAAAAAAGAGAUAUAUAUACAUAUAUAUCAGUCGUGUGUGCUUGCGAAUGCAUCAGCAUGAAUGUACGUGGGAGUACGUUAAUGUGUGUCUGCGUGUGUAAACGAUAAUGGCGCUCCUGCCAAAUAAGAAAUUGGAUGGAUUAUGAGAAUGAAUGAGUGGAGGUAGCGUCGCGACGCAUUUAAAAGGCGUCGGCAGUCUUUCCAUUUUCAUAUGAUAUAUUUAAAAAAAAAAGAGCGCCUUGCGAACCAACGGGCACUUGCAUAAUGCGGCGCCAAGCGUCGGGACGCCUCCCCAUCACGGCUCGAUCCUUCUUGCCGAUCAAUUGUUUCUCCCUCAGUCUUUGAAUGUUCUCGAGUUUUUCAAUUUUUCCUUUUUGUGCGGCAACCGCGUAUUCGUCCUCGCGACGCUUACGACCGGAUGUCGCUUCGGUAAUUCGACCGAAUAAGAGCCGAGCUUUCUGCUCCCAUCCUGGUAAGGAUGCAUCGAUUUGAACUUUCGAAUGUACGAUCUUUAGAGAAGAUCGCCUGUACGAUUUACUCAAGACGACCAUAUACGUGUAUUUACAAUAAUUAUGGAUAUACGCCUAUUGCAUAACCCAAAUAAACGUGUUGAUAUGAAA